AUGGUGACCAAGGCCCUAGAUCCGCGAAUGCCUAUUCUGUGGGAAUCGUCGCAUCUUGGUAAAAGCUCGUUUGUGCCUAGAGCAAUCGUUCCCGCCUUGUCCAAAGUCCCUAGUGGUGAAAAAUUCGACUUUAUAAUCGUAAGUGUUCCUAACUUGCAAAGCUUUCAGAAUUACUGCUCCGAUCUCGAGUCUCACGUGCAUAGCCAGUCCAUCAUUGUCAUAGAAUGUACUGGUUACGUUCAUCUAGAGCCUUUUGUGCUGAUGAGUCUGGCAAAGUUCAAGACUCUACCUGUUUGCUCCAUUAUGAAUGAGGCUGAUAUUAAACAGCAUCCUGGAAGCAAUACUUUUUCUCACAAGGUCUCUGGAAAUGACCACAGAAUAUACUUUGGCUCAUCAACGGAAGAAUCUAAGGCCACCGUGCCACUCCGUGAUUCUGAGCCGUUCUUGUGCUUCUACAAAGCCUUGCAGACAAUGCAAGAAAAGCUGGAGGGUAGCGUUGGUUUGCUAAAGUCCAUUAAUGCUCGAGAAUUCAUGACAUACCAGUGGAAACUCGCUUUGCCGCGAAUCGUACUUAAUCCAUUGUCUGUGAUUUUUGAAGAGCCAUAUCCCGCUAACUUGGAGAAGCAAAUUUUAGUCAAACCAUUGAUAUCCGGAUUGGUGCACGAACUUUUCAAGAUAAUAAAGAAGAUGGAGUGUAAACUUGUGAAAGGUUUCGAAAAUGAAGCAAACAUCUUGAAGAAUUGGCUGACACUUUACCCUAUAGGCAAAUCCAAUGUCUCACCAGCCCACGCAGACUCCAACAUAACGUUCUACAACUACUAUCAUCAGUUAGAUAUUGACGUCGAUUUGCUUCUAUUACAACCUAUUCUUUUAGGUGAUGAUCAUGGCGUCAAAACGCCGUACUUGGAAAACUUGUAUUCCAUGCUAUGUCAACUAGUAAAAGUUAACAAUUCCAAGCUGUCCAUUUUCUUUAUCAGAAAAUUCGGAUCUUCAACUCAAGACACGAAAGACCUCGACAAACUCACAAAAGACUUGUCGAAUAUGAAAUUCGAAAAAGAAAAAAUUGACAAAGAGUUUACAUCGGUUAAAAACUCUUUGAGACAAGCAGAGCUAGAAUUAGGGGAUACAAGAACGAAGCAAGAGCAAUAUGCGUUAAUAUUCAAAGAACAACAAGCCAAGAACGAAGCUACAAUGAAGGAAUUUGAGUAUUUUGAGCUGGAAAAAGAACGGAUGCUUGCUGACUUAGAUAAUCAGAUCAGUGAUAAAAUGAACAGACUUAGAUCUUUGUCGGACCAGGUAUCGAAAGCCAAAAAAGCUUCGUCCGAUUCAGAGAGAAGCUCCUCUGUGGAACCUGUUGUUGCCGCACCAGCGAAGCAAACAGUACAAAUAAUUCCAGCCCUGUCUUUGGAAACGCCAGAUCUUUCUGAAUAUGCUGAUGUUGCAGUUUUUGGGGCGCGGAUGAACGGUGAAGGACUCACCCCUAGAAUUCCUUCCAGAGGCUCGAAUGACGUCCAUAAUCAACCCAUUGGUGCUCAAAAUGACUACGCUGGGGCUGAUGAAUAUCAAAAUGCAAAUACUUCCCACGGCUCUACUGGAACUUUGCAAAUGGGGGGUCUUGACCAGGAACACAUGAUCAAUGAUAACAUGGGUUCAGAUCCAAAUAGGAAGUUUCGUCAAACAUAUUCCACACCCAACAACUAUGGUAAUGAUUCUUCGUAUGACCAAAGAGGUGAUGUGAGUAAUCAUUACGGAGGCCCAAAUCACAGAAAUGGUUAUCAUCACGGCGCACCUCCUCACAACCAGCGCGCCGCUUCAUACAAUUACCAAUACCAACAAAACAUGGGUCCCCAGCAAGGAAUGGCUCCUCAGCAUGGUAUGGCUCCUCAACAUGGUAUGGCUCCUCAGCAAGGAAUGGGUCCUCAACAAGGGAUGGGUCCUCAACAAGGGAUGGGUCCUCAACAAGGAAUGGGUCCUGGAAUGGGUCAACAUCAAGGACAAUUUAGGAAUGGAGCUCCACCAAUGCAGCAAAUGCAGGGAAGCGGAGGCUUUUAUCCCGGAAAUGCCCAAAACCAAAGUUACCAACAAAAGAAGCAAAGCAGACGCUCAACCUUCGCCGAUCAAGCAUUGAACAUAGAUUACGGUGGAAGAGGCGGUAUGCCAAUGCCUUCGAGUGGUGCAAAGCAACGCCCAGGAUUGGGCACCACGCAGAGUCAAACUUUGGCUCUGAGAAAAUCUUCGAGCAAUAUUUUGCCUGCUGGAGCUCCUGUUGCCCUUGACAACCAGAACGGCCAACGAUACAAUAGUGGCUUCAAUGGCCCCAAUGGAUUCAAAUAG